AUGUACUUUAUAACUUUUUCCCAAAAAAUUCCAAAAUUUAGAAGACAUCCACUUCAAGGACUCUGGCGGAAUGUUGUAAUUCCAUUUUACAUACCUCAACCAAGCUACCAGCGUAGUACUUUAGCGCAUGAAGCAAAGACUGAAAACCCCAGAAGAACAGUAGACACGCUUAAUGAUGUGAAAUAUCCCGUUCCAGAGGAGCUCAGUUUCCUACCGGAUGCAGAUACUGAACUUUGUGUUGAAGCGCACAAUUCACUGAAAACUUUAGCUCCGGAUUCAAUAGAAACAGGAUCUACAACACAAUGUAGCAGCAGCGAUAUGGAAGGAUCCGACUCCGAUGAUAGCGAUGUUACUCUCAACGACUUUGAAUCCUAUACUUGCUUCGAAAAUGACGAAAUCUCACUUUGCCGCAAUGGAACACCUAAAAAGCUCAUGCUGAUGCGGAGACGAUUGCCAUCGGUUAAAAAACAGAAGUACGAUUAUGUCCAAUCCAAGGUGAAACAAUACGUCAAAUCAAAAGCUUAUUCUUGUAAGACGUAA